AUGGGAAACAAACAUUCUGGAAGAGGUCACCUUUCAGAGCGCUGCAGGGCACUAGCAGAAGAAAUAUUCAAAGAAAUUGACAUAGAUGGAAGUUUGACUAUAGAUAUGGAGGAAACAGCAAAGUGGUGGGAUAGGAACUUUGCAAUCGUCAAUUCAAGAGCAAUGUUUGAAAACGUUGACCGAGAUCGUAACGGGACAAUUGAGUUCAAUGAGUGAAUAGACUUUUGGACAAUGGUCAAGCACCAAGGCUACAGUGAUGAUGAGAUAUAUGAAGAAUUGACUAACUUGAAAAAUAGAGGAUCAUGGGUGCAAUUUAUUGGAACUCAAGUUCAUGCUAAAGCAAAGGAUUAA